AUGGGGAAACUACCCGCGGCCAUUGUUAUAGCCAGACAUGGCGCUCGACUAGAUGCUGCCGACAAAAAUUGGCACCUCACCUCUCCGACUCCCUAUGACCCUCCCCUCUCCUAUGGCGGUUGGCUCCAGUCUCGCGCACUCGGAGCUCGGAUCAUCGACCUACUGCAGUCGUUCGACGAGCAUCCCCCAGUUUCGUCCUUGGUACCACGAGACGAGCCGAAAUUCCCGUCAUCGCUCCAGAAACCCAGGAAGAAGCGCAGAAUCAUAAUUCAUACUUCUCCAUAUCUUCGUUGCGUGCAGACUGCCAUCGCGGUCAGCUCGGGAAUCAGCCAGCACUAUCCGGACACUGAGAUUGUUCACCCCGCAGUCGCUUCAAACUCCGCUCAGGCCACUGGAUAUCCUAUGGGAUUAGCUGCAGACUCAUCCAGAGAGUCUGUCUCGAGUCCGGUCACAGCUGUCCCUCCGAUGCCUGCUCCCCAGGAUCAUCGGUGUCUUCUGCGCGUGGACGCAUUCCUGGGUGAGUGGUUGAGCCCAGACUACUUUGACCAGAUCACCCCUCCCCCCAAGUCAGAAAGGCUCAUCGCUGCUGCCAAGGCCGAAUUACUUCGGCGCGGGGACGACGUCGUUCCCGAAGCGGACACUGCCAACAAGCCGACUACAGGCUACUUCCCUGGAGGCUGGGGUGGUUUCACAAACCCUAACACAACCCCCGCUGAUGAAACCGCAAACAAUGUUGGCCCUUCCUCGGGUGUCACCCAACCUCAGGGCCAAAGGAACCGUGCAGGGAGCUACGACAGUCUCAAGUCCGCCGAAACGCCUCACGCUAGAAGAAUCCUCGGCAAAAUCAACACUGAUCUUCCACCUAUUCCAGACGGCGCAUACACGCCUCCCACUCCAAGCUACGCCAUCUCGCCCUCAGACCCCAUCCCUGUAGGAUAUGUUACGCACGCGCGCAACGCCUGCGUGAAGAUUGACUACCAGUGGGACAGCAUGCGUGAGCCCCAGAACUGGGGCAGUGGAGGGGAGUACGGCGAGGAGUGGAGUGCCAUGCACUCGCGCUUCCGUACUGGGUUCGAGCGAAUGCUCUCCUGGUACCGCAACAACGACCAAGGUACCGGGACUGGCCGACCGCGGCGACACUCGCAACAGCCCGGAAUCAACGGGGAUCUACACCAGCCAGCUGAUGAGGAUGAUGCGACCGACACCAUUCUGGUCGUGAUUACUCACGGGGCGGGAUGCAAUGCCCUGGUUGGGGCGCUGACUGGAGAGCCUGUGCUGUUGGAUUUCCAAACAGCAUCCCUUACCAUGUCCGUCCGCAAGGACAAUGCGGACGAACAAAUUGAGGCAGACGGUCCUCUGGGGUACUUUUUGCCCUCUGGAACGUCAGAAGAGGCCCCAGUCACAAAAGGUUACAGCUUACGGCUUGUGGCCUCGACUGAUCAUCUACGUCCUAACGUGAAUCCAAUCCCGUCCACGUCCAGCUUAUCCUCACCUAACAGCGUGGUCACUCCCUCGAUUUCCGCUUAUCGUCAUCGACUUGCGUCGCGUCCUUCGCUUUCUCAGGGACAAUUCAUGAUUGGUCCCUCCCCGAAUUCGGGUGUCGGGUCGCGUUCUUGGACCCUUUUGCGCCCCUCUACAGCGCCGAAGGGCUCCAAUGGCCUAUGGGGCCCGGCCUCGAUUAUACACGAAUCGGCUGAUGAUAUUUUACCCAACUUUGGCGACCGGAGAUCUGCUUCCUCUGAUGCAGUCGUUACAGGUCAGGCAAACGGUUCUGCGCCAAAGCCUGAGGAGCCAGCCGGGCAAUCAAACAAUCUGCCUCAAAGGACCUUUUCCCAGCGAGGUCUCUGGGGUAGCAUACCGGUAUCUAAGGACCGGGAAGCCGCUACGAAACGACGCUGGACAGUGACUGAAAGAAGGGUAUAG